AUGGAAAAUAACCAAACACAUAGAUAUUACUUCGAAAAAUAUCCAAAAGAGGGGAAAGUGGUUAUUGGAAGAAUAAAAAGUUUUGCCGACAUCGGGGCAUACAUUACCCUACCAGAAUAUGAUGACAUAGAAGGCCUGAUUAUCUACAGUGAGCUAACGAAAAAAAGAACAAGAAAUAUACAGAAAUUAAUAAAGGUUGGGACACUUGAGGGGUUUCUUGUUUUGAAGGUGGACAAAGAAAAGGGGUAUAUAGACCUAAGCAAGAAAAGAGCACAGUAUGAAGAUAAAGUAGAAGCAUUUGAAAGAUACUAUAAGGGAAAGAUAGCCCAUAACUUCAUGCAGAGUAUAUCUGUGAAAUGUGACCGCUCUCUGGACACUCUGUACAGCAAAUUCGGAUGGGAGGCUGAAAAGGAGUUUGGCUCUCUCUACAAAUGCUUUAGAGAAGUGCUUUUUGGCGAAGGCGUUCUUCAGAGUAAGUUAGAGAAGUCUGAUUUUAUCACAGAAGAACUACUCGGUGAUGUUGAAGAGCUAGUCAAGCAGAAGUUUAUAGUGCCUAAAGUAAAGGUGCGUGCAGAUGCAGAGACAAAGUGCAACAAAGGAAAUGGUGUUCUCAUCAUAAAAGCUAUUCUUAUGAAGAUAGAGAAGGAGUACCCAGAAGUUGAGGUAUCUCUAAUCUCCUCUCCAGUCUUUUCCUUCUCUCUUAUGUGUGAAGACGGAGAUGCUGGUAUUAAAGUGCUAAAAGACCUCUUGGUAAAGCUGGAAAAGCGCACCAUGCAGGACCAGAGUGAAUAUAAGCUUGUAAUGGAGCCCACCGUGUUUGGGCCAAAACCACAAUUUGAUGCAGAAAACGAUGAGUCGGACGAUAGCACAUCUACAAUAUCAGACUAAAUAAAUAUAGAUUAAAAUCAC